UUCUUAUAAACUCGCGAGUGCUUGUCAGAGCAAACCGAAAAAAACAAAAUUGAAUUUUGUUAAUUGAAUUUGAAAUUGAAUAUUUUUUCCUCAGUUUUAUCAACUUAAAUUUUUCAAAAAAGAAUGGCAACAAAUAUACCUCAAGAUAUUCAAGAAGAGAAUGCAGCUGAAUUACAAUUUCCAAAAGAAUUUGAAAAUCAAUCAACAGAAACAUUAUUGAUUUCUGAAGUAAAUUUAUUACUUCAACAUCGUAUCAAACAGAAUGAAAAUUCGGAAGAAGAACAAGAAUUUUCAGAUGUUUUCAACAAAACUGUAAACUAUACAACAAGAUUUAGUCGUUUUAAUAAUCGUGAAACGAUAGCUACUAUUCGUCAGAUUUUGGGACAAAAGAAACUACAUAAAUUUGAAUUGGCACAGAUUGCUAAUUUGGCUCCUGAAACACCAGACGAAGCUAAAGGAUUAAUACCAAGUUUGGAAGGACGAUUUACCGAUGAUGAAUUGGCUCAAAUGCUUGAUGAUAUACAAACUCAACGUAGCAUUCAGUAUUAAUAUCAAAUCAAUCAAAAUUAUUCUGAUUUUUUUUUCUUCCCAUUCAUUUUUUCAAUUUUUUUAUUUUUGUAAAUAAAUAAAUCGAUUUUUUUAAUUAAGUAUAUCAACAAACUAUUACAAAGGAAAUUUACUAAAAAUUUGGUUUUUUUAAUAAUUAAAUGUUCCGUUUUCUUUUGA